UCUCUGCAGAAAGAGGUCGACAAGAUGGCCAAGCUAAUGAAAGAAGAGGACGACGAGGAGGGAGAGGACGAGGAGGAAGAGGAUGACGAGGAAGAAGAGGAGGAGAGCGAGGAGUCCGAGUCAGAGGAGAGCGAGGCGGACGAGGGCAGCGGGGACGAGCUGCCAGCCGACGCUCCUGUGGACGACAAGAGAAACAACUUGAACUCCAGGACCAGACGCCACGAGGGCAUCCUGGGCGCGCUCAAGAAGGGAAACUACCUACUCAAGGCCAACAUCGACCGAGUCAAGGACGACCUGAGCAAGCACCGAGAAAUGUCGCUCAUGCUGCAGGAGGACCUCAACUCCGUCCUCGCGGAGCUGGGAUAAGCGCGGUCGGGGCGCGCCGGACACCCCAGCGACUCUUGCGGUCCCCUUGCGCAGCCGGUACUGCACAGUGGGCAUAUGGCAUUUUGGGAACUUCCGGCGAAGUUUAUAAAAAAACAACAACAUAAAAAUCACCAGGAUAUUUUCAUGAACUGUAUGUAAAGACAUGAACACGACAGUACGGACACACAGUACGGACUGCAGAUGUUUUAUCUCUCCUGGAAAGUACUGUAUAAUGCCGGAACUGAAACAUCUUAUUUUUGUCGAAUGUUACGAAGAGGCUUGUGCUCAAUGCUAGUCAUGUAAAGUAUUUUUUUUAUAUUAUAAAGGAUGAGUGUGUAUGUGUGUAAUUGAUUGUGGUGAUGAGGGGACAUGAUUGUUGGACUGACUGUUGUUGAUUUAGUUUUAAUUGUGUAUAAGCGGUAGUCUCGCCUUUAUGUAAUGUGCAGCGUGUUCUAUUCGUGCUGCACUUUUUGGCCAACAGAAACUUUAGGUAUUUUUUCAUGCUGUAUAGAAACUAAAUAACGCGCAAAAAGUAAAAGUAAAUGCGGGCGAAUGCAUCACAGAUGUACCAUACACUUUCCUGGGCACACUACUAUCGGGUAGUGAAUAAUGUUAUCUGUUUUCCUUCCCUUUUCAUAAAAAAAAUAUAAAAGGAAAAGAAAAGAA